AUGGGGAACGAUGACAAUGAUCGCUUUGUAUUUAACAUAACAAGUUUGCAGAUUGGGGAUUUGCAGUCUUACCUUUCACAUCUUAGCCUAUUUCUGGCCCCCGAAAGCAAAAAAUUCUAUAUAUUGGUCGACAAUCAGCCAUGGGUGAAAGAUCUUGUGUCACGGCCUACACAUUUUUGGCAAUUGAUGGUCACUAAGUCCAGGUUGUCCCCUUUUGCAAAUUCUAAAGUGAAGGAGAGAAUGGACACAGGAGAACUUAAUGAGCUACAUGCUAUUUCUCAAUCAAACACAAGUCAGUGGGAAAAAUUCAAAAAGUGGUUUUUAUUGCUUGAUGUUGUGACAUCAUCCAGGAAGAGGGCUUUGCUACCUGUGAAGAAGCUCAGGAAUUCUUUGAUUACUAAUAGCAAGUUGCAUAGAACCUUGUAUGGCUUUAUUGUCUUUGAGGUUGCAUGGAGUGAUGUACGUGGUAUUAACUAUUUCAACGAGCUUCAGACUGAUACAUCACUUGUAACAGAGGCUAAAUAUAUGAGAAGAUGGGAGUUUGAUAGUGUAACACAGUCUGCUAGAUGCAUAUCUUCAUGGUUCCCCGGGACAUGCAAUGAGCAGAUUCUAUUGAAAGAUUAUUUAGAUGCUACAAUAGGUGAAGUUUUACAUGUUGCUCAAGAAAAUUUUCCGAGGACUGGAAAUACUGAUGACGACGAUAUUAUUAGUGAUGAUAUCUUGGCUGGGAGUGAAUAUCCUUGCUGUCUUAGUAGCAGUUUCACAGUAUAUCCAGCAACCAUAAAAAAUGGAACGAGCAGACUACAUACAUCUCCUCCUCCUCCUCAUGGUCCUUAUAACAGAAGGAGAAUGUCCAUCAAUGGCGAUGUUGAAGUUGACACUUAUUCUGAAGAAGCAGACCCGGAAACUAUUGCAUCGCCGAUACAUUCUCAGACCUCUUACGCACGUGACUGUGCGAACUUAGUUAAAGCUACCCAUUACAGGGAUGUUUUGAUUUCGUUUCGGUUCAGUGAUCCAAAUCUUCCUUUCAAAUUAAAGGAAAUUAUUAUGUCCGAUUUGCGGCUACUUACUUUACUUGAGUCUGGUCUUCCAUCUUGGGUUAUCUUCCUUCAAUCUUACCCAGGAUUUUGCCAUAUUUACCGUCCAUGGAUGUGCCCUUUGGCAAGAGCUUUAUAUGUGACCAUUUCUAUUGUCACUGUCCUCAUUGGUUUUUAUGACUUGUAUAAAAACGUACCUCUUCUUACAGCAACAGCAUCUCAUUUGUUUGGACCCCUUUUUGAUUGGAUUGAAACUUGGGAAAUGAUUUCAAGAAUUGAGUACUUGGGGACUAUGUUAUUUCUUCAAAAUUUUCAGAAAGCCUUUAAGUGGUUUAUCAUGAUGACACGACCUAUUAGGUCAUUCCUUUCAAUCUUGACCCAGCCGAUGGCAGGGCCUUUUGUGGAGUUCUUGGAUUUCUUUCUUCCUUUUUGGAAUAUGUGUAUACAAUUUUUGGAAAGUUUCUUUACAGUAAUUUGGAUGAUGGUUGAGUCCUCUUGCACUCUAGUAGGGGCGCUUGUUGAUAUUCUACUGCUGCCACUUUGGUAUGUCCUGUCAUUUACGUGGAAUUUUGUGACAUCCUUAAUGUUCCCUAUAUUCUGGAUUCUGGUGGAAAUACUCUAUGCUCCAAUCCAAUUUGGGCUUGGAUUGUGUAACCUUGUGGCUUUCGUAUGUAGAUGCAUGUACGAUUUGAUUGGAGAUAUAUAUUUGGUUGUGAGUGACACCUUUCAGUUCACGACAAAUGUUGAAUCAACAGUGAGCUCAUAUGAGGUUUCCAUGUGGCGUUCUCUUUGGAAUGAUGUUUUCUCCCAGGUUUUCCGCUCACUCCGAAGCAUUCUUAAUGGUUUAGUAGCCUUCUUUGUUGCCUGCAACAGACACCGUCUAAGCAUCUAUAAUCAUGUGAAGGAAUUCAUUCAAAAACUAUCUGCAAAGAGAACACGAGCUGUAGAGAAUGUUCAUGAUGGACAGGCAGCUGGAUCUCAAAACACUUUUGGAAGAAAUCCAGCAGCCGAUGAAUUUCAGGAAGAUUAG